AUGGCGAAGACAUCGGCAGUGAUGGAGGCAGCGACGACUUUGACAGUGAUGGAGACGGCGAAGACAGUGGCAGUGGUAGAGGUGGCAAAAACUCCGACAGUGAUAACGGAGAUGGUGAAGACAGCGGCAGUGAUGGAGGCGGCGACGAUAGCCACAGUGCCAAUGGAUAUGGUGAAGACAAGAGCGGUGACGAUGGAGGUGGCGACGACAAUGACAGUGAUGAUGGAGAUGGUGAAGACAGCAGUAGUGAUGGAGGCGACAACGACAACUUGCGACACCAAGUCUGUGUGCAUUUCAUCGACAUGUUAG